AUGCUUUCAUCAUCAUCUUCUUCGGAUACCGAAUCAAUCAUUCCUCAAAAUUAUACCUCCUAUGAAACCUCACCGACCACCUUUAAUCCACUCAUUGCACGUAAUAUUGUAAAUUUUUUGAAAAUUGUGAGCAAAUUGAAACACACGUUACGAACAGGAUGGGUUGAUUGCAAAGUUCAACAUCCCGAAUCGAUUGCAUCACACAUGUAUCGGAUGGGAAUUAUUUCCAUGCUCACUAGAAAUCAACCAAACAUUGAUACUGAUAAAUGCAUCAAGAUGAGUCUUGUUCAUGACUUGUCGGAGGCUAUUGCAGGAGAUAUCACUCCUCAUGCGGGAGUUUCAAAAGAAGAGAAAUAUCGAUUGGAGAGAGAAGCUAUUGAGAGAAUGAGAAGUACAUUGUUGGAGGGUGUAAACGACACAGAUAAGGAGAGUGAGGAAUAUAUUCAGACUGUAAAUGAAAUGUUGAAUUUGUGGCAAGAAUAUGAAGAUGGCACGUCACCAGAGGCAAUUAUUAUGAAGGAUAUUGAUCGAUUUGAUAUGGUUCUACAAGCAUUGGAAUAUGAAACUGAACAAAAUUUACAUCUCAAAACUUUUUAUGAAAGUACCAAGGGUGGUUUUCAAACAGACAUGUUCAAAACUCUAAUGAAAGAGGUGUAUGCUCAAAAAGAUCAACUCGAAGAGCAAAGAAGAAAAAAGUAG